AUGGGUGAAUUUUACCUUAAGUACACUUCACAGUCUACAUUGCUGUUCGUCGUGGAGGAAUCAGAUCACAAACAUCUGAAGCAGAUCUUCAUCAGUGAGGAUAUUCCAUACCACACAUAUUCUUUGCCAGGUGAUAAAACGCAUGGGUUUGUAUUGAAGGGCUUGGAAGGAAUUUCAAAAAUUGAUGACAUAAAAAAUGACUUAGAGGUAUCACACGGCCUCAAAGUUAAAAACAUAUUUCAAAUGAAAACCAAAAUAAGACCUCUCUAUUUAGUAACGACAGAGCCUGUAAUAACUCUAAGUUAUUUACUGAAGAACGUUCGCUACCUGAUGAAUACUAAAAUCACCUGGGAGCUCAGAAAGAGUACAAACGCAAUCGGGCAAUGUCACAGAUGUCAGACAUGGGGCCACGCUACUUCCAACUGUGGCCGGGCUCCCAGGUGUGUAAAAUGUGCAGGUGAGCACCAAACUUCAGAUUGUGUAAAAUCAAGAGACACUCCUGCCACUUGUGCUAACUGUUCUGGUGAUCAUCCUGCAAAUUACAGGAAAUGUCCAGUAUACAUCAGGAAGCUCAACGUUCUUCGGGAAAAACAAGAGCUAUCCAGAAAAUCUCAAACGAGAAAAUUCGUUCCAGCUCCUCAACCACGGACUAAUGUAUGGUCCAACAGGUUGGCUGCAUCACGGCGGGAACGUGUUGGGGUGGGACCUCCUCGUGAUGAAGAUUUUCCACCUCUACCACGAAACAGGUUUUCUUCACAGGAAGAGGACUGCCCUGUGGUUGACGGCAUGGCUGACUUUCAGCGACAACAAAAUGCUUUGAGACGUUCAAAAUUAAAAAGUAACAGUACAUCCCAAAUCAGUGAUAUUAUGUCGGCGAUUCCUCCUGGUAAAGCAGCUAUUGAUAGCAAGUAUAGAAAUAAUAACAUUCAGAGUAAAGUAACUUAUCAACAACAAACCCAAAUACAAUCCCAUCCGCAAAAGGUAAGCUCACCUAUAAAAAGCGCAUCAAAAACUACUACAACCACAACAACAACUAUAAUAUCAACAUCAUCGGCAAUUGCAGCAUCAAUUACAGAUCCAAGUACAACAUCAGUAAUAAAUACACCAAUAAGUAGUACACUCACAAAUGAAUUUGAGCCGAAAAUGCACUCUCAAUCACAGUUCUCAAUUACGACAGAAUUUAUGGAUACUGAAUUUACACAAAUUUCGUCAGAUGAGCAAAUCAACUCUCAACCACUAAUUGAAGUAGUGCAGGUGCAUGAUGACUACCAUCCAAAUAUUAAACGAACACUGGCAGCAAGAGAUACGUCUUCAGAAGAUGAAGGUAAUGAAAACGAUUAUAAAAUUCCCAAGAAAACGCUACCAUUAUCACGCCUCUCUCAGAUGAUAAAACCAAAAAAUCCACCUGUCACUACUGUCAAUAGAUUUGUUCCACUCAUAGAGGAUGAUAUCCAUGUUGUCGAAGAGCCCCAUCAUCACGAAGUUUCAAAAGAAAAUACCGCUAGUUCCUCAGUCAUUGGCAAGCCACCACCGAUAGUAAUAAAUGGUAUUGUAGGGGAUUUAAAAGGUUUUAGAGAUGAAAUAAAGUCGGUCGUCGAAAACGACUUUUUCCUCAAAUACACAAAAAAUUCAACCCUGUUGUUUUUAAAAGAUAAAACGGAUUAUAAUAAGCUCAGUAAUAAACUGAAAGCACUUAACGAAUUAGAGUGGCACACUUACACAGUGGCGGAGGAAAAACAGCACGCUUUUGUCCUAAGAGGGUUAGAUUUUGAUGUCGAUCUGAAGGAUAUAAAGGAGCAGUUAGAAGAAGAACACAAAAUAACUACAAACAACAUAUAUAAAAUGUCAACAACAGGUAGGCCCUUGUACCUUGUAACUACAUCCAAUAAAAUUAAUCUAAAUUUCUUGGUGAACAAUAUUAAACACCUAAUGAAUACAAGGGUAUAUUGGGAGCGAAGAAGGAACGAAAGAAAAUUAAUUCAGUGCAGACGCUGCCAACGAUGGGGUCAUGCUACAUCCAACUGUUACAGAGUCCCACGAUGUCUCAAAUGCGCAAAUAAUCACUGGACAAGAGAGUGUGAGAAAACUCCGGAUACCCCUGCAAAAUGUGCGAAUUGCAACAUGGAUCAUCCUGCAAACUACUCCAAGUGUCCGGAGUACACGAAAGCAUUAGAGCGGUUGGAGUCUAAGAAGCCAACUUUUAAGCCGGCUCCGCCUCCAGUUACAAACGCCUGGCAAAAUAGAAGCAAGAAGACUGUCCAAUUUGAACCUGAAAUCCGAAUGGCUACAGAAUUCCCCCCGCUUCCAUCGAAAACAACAGCGAACAGAGCAGCACCGCAUUUUGUCAGUGGUAUGGAGCAAGACAUCGGUACAUUUACUGAAUUGGCGUCUGAAUUCAAGGUGCUUAAUAAUAUGGUCAAUUUAAAGCAACAAAAUGCUUUGAGACGUUCAAAAUUAAAAAGUAACAGUACAUCCCAAAUCAGUGAUAUUAUGUCGGCGAUUCCUCCUGGUAAAGCAGCUAUUGAUAGCAAGUAUAGAAAUAAUAACAUUCAGAGUAAAGUAACUUAUCAACAACAAACCCAAAUACAAUCCCAUCCGCAAAAGGUAAGCUCACCUAUAAAAAGCGCAUCAAAAACUACUACAACCACAACAACAACUAUAAUAUCAACAUCAUCGGCAAUUGCAGCAUCAAUUACAGAUCCAAGUACAACAUCAGUAAUAAAUACACCAAUAAGUAGUACACUCACAAAUGAAUUUGAGCCGCAAAUGCACUCUCAAUCACAGUUCUCAAUUACGACAGAAUUUAUGGAUACUGAAUUUACACAAAUUUCGUCAGAUGAGCAAAUCAACUCUCAACCACUAAUUGAAGUAGUGCAGGUGCAUGAUGACUACCAUCCAAAUAUUAAACGAACACUGGCAGCAAGAGAUACGUCUUCAGAAGAUGAAGGUAAUGAAAACGAUUAUAAAAUUCCCAAGAAAACGCUACCAUUAUCACGCCUCUCUCAGAUGAUAAAACCAAAAAAUCCACCUGUCACUACUGUCAAUAGAUUUGUUCCACUCAUAGAGGAUGAUAUCCAUGUUGUCGAAGAGCCCCAUCAUCACGAAGUUUCAAAAGAAAAUACCGCUAGUUCCUCAGUCAUUGGCAAGCCACCACCGAUAGUAAUAAAUGGUAUUGUAGGGGAUUUAAAAGGUUUUAGAGAUGAAAUAAAGUCGGUCGUCGAAAACGACUUUUUCCUCAAAUACACAAAAAAUUCAACCCUGUUGUUUUUAAAAGAUAAAACGGAUUAUAAUAAGCUCAGUAAUAAACUGAAAGCACUUAACGAAUUAGAGUGGCACACUUACACAGUGGCGGAGGAAAAACAGCACGCUUUUGUCCUAAGAGGGUUAGAUUUUGAUGUCGAUCUGAAGGAUAUAAAGGAGCAGUUAGAAGAAGAACACAAAAUAACUACAAACAACAUAUAUAAAAUGUCAACAACAGGUAGGCCCUUGUACCUUGUAACUACAUCCAAUAAAAUUAAUCUAAAUUUCUUGGUGAACAAUAUUAAACACCUAAUGAAUACAAGGGUAUAUUGGGAGCGAAGAAGGAACGAAAGAAAAUUAAUUCAGUGCAGACGCUGCCAACGAUGGGGUCAUGCUACAUCCAACUGUUACAGAGUCCCACGAUGUCUCAAAUGCGCAAAUAAUCACUGGACAAGAGAGUGUGAGAAAACUCCGGAUACCCCUGCAAAAUGUGCGAAUUGCAACAUGGAUCAUCCUGCAAACUACUCCAAGUGUCCGGAGUACACGAAAGCAUUAGAGCGGUUGGAGUCUAAGAAGCCAACUUUCAAGCCGGCUCCGCCUCCAGUUACAAACGCCUGGCAAAAUAGAAGCAAGAAGACUGUCCAAUUUGAACCUGAAAUCCGAAUGGCUACAGAAUUCCCCCCGCUUCCAUCGAAAACAACAGCGAACAGAGCAGCACCGCAUUUUGUCAGUGGUAUGGAGCAAGACAUCGGUACAUUUACUGAAUUGGCGUCUGAAUUCAAGGUGCUUAAUAAUAUGGUCAAUUUAAAGCAACAAAAUGCUUUGAGACGUUCAAAAUUAAAAAGUAACAGUACAUCCCAAAUCAGUGAUAUUAUGUCGGCGAUUCCUCCUGGUAAAGCAGCUAUUGAUAGCAAGUAUAGAAAUAAUAACAUUCAGAGUAAAGUAACUUAUCAACAACAAACCCAAAUACAAUCCCAUCCGCAAAAGGUAAGCUCACCUAUAAAAAGCGCAUCAAAAACUACUACAACCACAACAACAACUAUAAUAUCAACAUCAUCGGCAAUUGCAGCAUCAAUUACAGAUCCAAGUACAACAUCAGUAAUAAAUACACCAAUAAGUAGUACACUCACAAAUGAAUUUGAGCCGAAAAUGCACUCUCAAUCACAGUUCUCAAUUACGACAGAAUUUAUGGAUACUGAAUUUACACAAAUUUCGUCAGAUGAGCAAAUCAACUCUCAACCACUAAUUGAAGUAGUGCAGGUGCAUGAUGACUACCAUCCAAAUAUUAAACGAACACUGGCAGCAAGAGAUACGUCUUCAGAAGAUGAAGGUAAUGAAAACGAUUAUAAAAUUCCCAAGAAAACGCUACCAUUAUCACGCCUCUCUCAGAUGAUAAAACCAAAAAAUCCACCUGUCACUACUGUCAAUAGAUUUGUUCCACUCAUAGAGGAUGAUAUCCAUGUUGUCGAAGAGCCCCAUCAUCACGAAGUUUCAAAAGAAAAUACCGCUAGUUCCUCAGUCAUUGGCAAGCCACCACCGAUAGUAAUAAAUGGUAUUGUAGGGGAUUUAAAAGGUUUUAGAGAUGAAAUAAAGUCGGUCGUCGAAAACGACUUUUUCCUCAAAUACACAAAAAAUUCAACCCUGUUGUUUUUAAAAGAUAAAACGGAUUAUAAUAAGCUCAGUAAUAAACUGAAAGCACUUAACGAAUUAGAGUGGCACACUUACACAGUGGCGGAGGAAAAACAGCACGCUUUUGUCCUAAGAGGGUUAGAUUUUGAUGUCGAUCUGAAGGAUAUAAAGGAGCAGUUAGAAGAAGAACACAAAAUAACUACAAACAACAUAUAUAAAAUGUCAACAACAGGUAGGCCCUUGUACCUUGUAACUACAUCCAAUAAAAUUAAUCUAAAUUUCUUGGUGAACAAUAUUAAACACCUAAUGAAUACAAGGGUAUAUUGGGAGCGAAGAAGGAACGAAAGAAAAUUAAUUCAGUGCAGACGCUGCCAACGAUGGGGUCAUGCUACAUCCAACUGUUACAGAGUCCCACGAUGUCUCAAAUGCGCAAAUAAUCACUGGACAAGAGAGUGUGAGAAAACUCCGGAUACCCCUGCAAAAUGUGCGAAUUGCAACAUGGAUCAUCCUGCAAACUACUCCAAGUGUCCGGAGUACACGAAAGCAUUAGAGCGGUUGGAGUCUAAGAAGCCAACUUUUAAGCCGGCUCCGCCUCCAGUUACAAACGCCUGGCAAAAUAGAAGCAAGAAGACUGUCCAAUUUGAACCUGAAAUCCGAAUGGCUACAGAAUUCCCCCCGCUUCCAUCGAAAACAACAGCGAACAGAGCAGCACCGCAUUUUGUCAGUGGUAUGGAGCAAGACAUCGAUUUUGAACAGUCAAAAAAUCUCUCCAUCAAGAGAGAGAUUAGGAAAUUUAAGGAAAAACGGGUGCUAAUUCCCGAGAAAAAUUUACAGUUAUUGCAGCAACAAAAUGCUUUGAGACGUUCAAAAUUAAAAAGUAACAGCACAUCCCAAAACAGUGAUAUUAUGUCGGCGAUUCCUCCUGGUAAAGCAGCUAUUGAUAGCAAGUAUAGAAAUAAUAACAUUCAGAGUAAAGUAACUUAUCGACAACAAACCCAAAUACAAUCCCAUCCGCAAAAGGUAAGCUCACCUAUAAAAAGCGCAUCAAAAACUACUACAACCACAACAACAACAACUAUAAUAUCAACAUCAUCGGCAAUUGCAGCAUCAAUUACAGAUCCAAGUACAACAUCAGUAAUAAAUACACCAAUAAGUAGUACACUCACAAAUGAAUUUGAGCCGAAAAUGCACUCUCAAUCACAGUUCUCAAUUACGACAGAAUUUAUGGAUACUGAAUUUACACAAAUUUCGUCAGAUGAGCAAAUCAACUCUCAACCACUAAUUGAAGUAGUGCAGGUGCAUGAUGACUACCAUCCAAAUAUUAAACGAACACUGGCAGCAAGAGAUACGUCUUCAGAAGAUGAAGGUAAUGAAAACGAUUAUAAAAUUCCCAAGAAAACGCUACCAUUAUCACGCCUAUCUCAGAUGAUAAAACCAAAAAAUCCACCUGUCACUACUGUCAAUAGAUUUGUUCCACUCAUAGAGGAUGAUAUCCAGGUUGUCGAAGAGCCCCAUCAUCACGAAGUUUCAAAAGAAAAUACCGCUAGUUCCUCAGUCAUUGGCAAGCCACCACCGAUAGUAAUAAAUGGUAUUGUAGGGGAUUUAAAAGGUUUUAGAGAUGAAAUAAAGUCGGUCGUCGAAAACGACUUUUUCCUCAAAUACACAAAAAAUUCAACCCUGUUGUUUUUAAAAGAUAAAACGGAUUAUAAUAAGCUCAGUAAUAAACUGAAAGCACUUAACGAAUUAGAGUGGCACACUUACACAGUGGCGGAGGAAAAACAGCACGCUUUUGUCCUAAGAGGGUUAGAUUUUGAUGUCGAUCUGAAGGAUAUAAAGGAGCAGUUAGAAGAAGAACACAAAAUAACUACAAACAACAUAUAUAAAAUGUCAACAACAGGUAGGCCCUUGUACCUUGUAACUACAUCCAAUAAAAUUAAUCUAAAUUUCUUGGUGAACAAUAUUAAACACCUAAUGAAUACAAGGGUAUAUUGGGAGCGAAGAAGGAACGAAAGAAAAUUAAUUCAGUGCAGACGCUGCCAACGAUGGGGUCAUGCUACAUCCAACUGUUACAGAGUCCCACGAUGUCUCAAAUGUGCAAAUAAUCACUGGACAAGAGAGUGUGAGAAAACUCCGGAUACCCCUGCAAAAUGUGCGAAUUGCAACAUGGAUCAUCCUGCAAACUACUCCAAGUGUCCGGAGUACACGAAAGCAUUAGAGCUGUUGGAGUCUAAGAAGCCAACUUUCAAGCCGGCUCCGCCUCCAGUUACAAACGCCUGGCAAAAUAGAAGCAAGAAGACUGUCCAAUUUGAACCUGCAAUCCGAAUGGCUACAGAAUUCCCCCCGCUUCCAUCGAAAACAACAGCGAACAGAGCAGCACCGCAUUUUGUCAGUGGUAUGGAGCAAGACAUCGGUACAUUUACUGAAUUGGCGUCUGAAUUCAAGGUGCUUAAUAAUAUGGUCAAUUUAAAGAAAAGGUUUUUGCCAGAUUUUUCCUUUGAAUAG